AUGGAAACCCCAGUCUGGCCCUUUAAAGAAAAAAUAAAUAGAUAUGCCAGAAACCUCUUGGACAAAGCCAGUGAGUUGAUAGCCGAGAGAUUGGGUACAGAGGUGCUGCAGAUCCCGAUAUCAAUGGAGGCUCCCGGCAUAAGACUUGUAUUGUUACCGGAAUAUGAAGGCUAUGAUAAGACAUGGGCUGGUGCAGAUAAACUACAGAUGGACAUUAUAAAUCAACAUAACAUAAUCUGUGUUAUUUCUCCAGUACAGAAUGAACUUUACCUGCGACUUUCUGCCAACAUUUACAACGAAUUGACCGAUUACGUCAAAAUUGCCGAUCUUAUAUUAAAUGGGCUGCGCAAAACAAGUUAAAGACACUGUGUUGUGAAAA